AUGAAAAAUGUGGAAGAUUUGGACGAUAUGUUUUAUGAGAAUUUAUCGCUUGGUUUGGCAAAGAAAUUUGCCGACUGUAUUCCACGUAUCACAAAUGUAACGUGUGAGAAACGACUGCCCUGUGAGAAAGCUCAGGUUACUGCCUGGGAAUCCCGCCAUAACAUCUACCUGCCGGACGAUAUGAAAAGAUUCUAUUUAUCCAGUGAUGGUUUCAAUUUUUACUGGAGUUAUCAAUAUUCACCGAAUGAUGUUCGUCGAGUAGGACACAUUCAUUUUCCUCAUCUAAUUCAGAUUACGUUGGUUCGUGACAACAUCGAUACCAUCCUGAGCUCAAGUCCGACCACUGCCGUCACAAUUCCUCCCAUAAUACGACAAUCAAAUUAUAUCGAUUCAACUUCGGGUUAUCUUAAUCAUUUGAAUCUGAACUCCAGGAGUAAAAUCUUUGAGCUGAGCACCAUUACGGAUUUAGCGAAGGUUUGCUUAGUGUAUGAAACACCGGAAUCUUCCAACCCGAAAAUCUUCUUGCUUGAGAUGGGAACGUUCAAGUGGCAGUUUCUGGCCGACACAUUUACCGAAUAUUUACGAAUGAGCAUUGCCCACCUCGGACUACCGUAUUGGGAGCUGUGCUUUUCUACUUGCGGACUUCCGUCCUGGACGGAACAACUUUUCCUGCUGCUCGCGCCUCAUUUGUUAGAGAAAAAUGAAAAUCGAAGGCUCAAAAGUAUAGUUUGCGUUAACGAAAAUCCACCUUAUAAUGUUCUGGAUCCUGCUGUAUUUAGAACAAAACCUCGCUGUUCCAGGCAAAGUCAAAAAAACAGAAUGAAUAACUAA